AUGGACAACUUUCAGCUGAAAUUGCACAACGACAGUAUAGUAAGUGUUUGUGUCCAUCGAUAUUUACUGUUUUUCCAGCUCCACAGCUGCCGCAAUCUUCAUACCAUCUCAUGUGACCUCGUUCUGAACGCAUUGCUGCACUCUCCGGAGCGCCACUUAGACAAACGUAUCGCUGCAGAGACCGAAGUGGCUAAUGCGUUAGCGAAGCAUCGUCAAGAUAUAGCUGCGUUUGAGAACGUACUUUACCCCAAGGCCGGCAGUGCCGAUAAGGUGAAAGAACCUAAGCCUGAAAAUUAG